UACUUUUCAGCGGAAGUCACAUGGCCUGCAGGGACUUAUGGGCUACCCAAAGCAAAGAAUGGUUGUCCUGUGUCGCUAAAGACCAACUGGACCACAGGCUGGCGGUUUGAAGAUCUUGAAGAUACAAGACCUGGAACUAGUAAAUCAAAAAGUUAUCAUUUAGAUACAAAAGUGGGAAUCGAUGUUAAUCGGACGUUCUGUAUAAAGAACAAGAAUGACGUUUCGACUGAGUGGCCAAAAGGUAAGCUUGGUUACACUUAAAAAUAAACUGCUCAUGAAGAGCUGUUUUCACUGGAGUGUCGUCAAACUGAAACAAAUAAUCAUAAUAAUAAUAAUGAUGAUGAUGAUGAUGAUGAUGAUUAUGAUGAUGACGAUGAUAAGAUCUUCAGCCAGUUGCAACUGUCUUAGGAUGUGCAACCAACCAAUCAGAACACGAAAAAGUGCAGGUAACCGGUGCCCUGGGUCAAAAAAUUGACGAACGAAUGGAUUGUACCACCCAAAAACCAAAUUUUUUCUUUUUUUCUUUUCCCUUGAAAAGAAAGUUGGUGUUCCCUUAGGAAGCUCACGAAAUAAUAGAAAGCAGACUUCAAAACCACAAAAAUCAGGUCAAAAACCCGUUGUCAUAGCAAUUUAGGAAUGGUUUUUCUUUUACUGGUGAUUGGUUAGGUUCGAUUUCCGGGUGGGGAAAUUAAGAGCGCGGGCUCUUUUUCCGAACAGCGGCUGGUAUUGGAGCCAAGUGAUUGGUUGACAGGGAACGUGAUAGACCGUUGGCGCCAACCAGAGUCAUACGCAGGCAAUUUAAUCAGAGAUACAAGGGGCGUUGUCAGGCUGUGGCGUCUUCCAUGCAAGAGCAAAAAAGCAGAGUAAAAAUACUUAAGAUGGGUUAAAAAAUGAUGCUAACUUAUAGAAGAUGGCUUGAUUCGCAAAGUGUACCAAUCCAAAAUCGGCAAAAUGCAAUCGAGGGUACUUCCAAAUUCCAAACUUAUAUUUCAUGUUAUUUCUCUUUCUCUCUUCGUCCACAGUCUCGAACUGUUCGGGUCAAAUCGGUCAAUUUUCUACAUCUGCUUUAUUUCCUUUAGGUCAAUACUGUAUUUUCAAGAAAGGAGAUUGCCCCAAAGGAUUUAAAGAAGGGUAUGUCUCGUGGGACGAUGAGGAUGACAAGAACAUUAACAAGAAAGGAGGGACACUUCCUGACGGCACAUACAACCAAGACACUUUGGUUUACUACUGCUGCAUAACAGAUGGUGACAAAUAUACACCCAUCUCCCUCCCCGUCACAAGUCCUUUCUAUCUUAAACCGUUCAAUACGUCAGAGUGUCAGCGAGUUGAAGGCGCAAUUGCUACGGAGGAGUUUAUACGAUUUGACACUGAAGAUAGCGGAAAUAAAGACCGGCAGAACGGAAGCUAUCCUCAUGGCGCGGGAAUUGCAAAUCAUCGACUUUUGUACUGUUACUAUGAAAGUAGGUUAUAAAGCUUUUUUUCCUAAUUCAAGUGUCACCAUCUGUAGUAAUUGGUCUAAUUUAGUUAAGAUACUUACGCUAUUUUCCAACGAAUUAAAACUGAAGUCACAUCAAAGCCACUGAAAUUUGCAGUAAACAUAGUGCUCAUAUAUAGUGACACCUUGAAAAUCCGUGGCUAAGAAUUAUCAAAGAUAAACCCAAUAUUGUACAUUAGUGAAGUCUGCUAAAAUUUAGAUGAACUGGGAAGUUUUAAUACAUUGGACAACUGAAAAAAAUAACAACAACUGCAGUUCCUGUUUAAGGCCUCCGAGCAAAGUUUGUUCGUAUGUUUGUUUAUUAUUUGUUUUUUGCAUUUUUACCGAUGUUAAAACAUCGCUAACACGCUGUUUUGAGUUUGUCUUCUCAGGUUGUCAGUUCACGUACAGCUUGAACGGAAUUCGAGAUGAACAGAUAGAAUUCACUUCUCCCAAGUUUUACGACGAUGGAUAUCCCCUUUUUCAGACAUGCACGUGGCGAUUUGCUGCCCCAGAGAAGCAGAAGGUCCACAUAGAGUUUCUUGAAAUGGACAUCGAAAAUGAUGACUCUGUUAAGAUUUACACCAAUAGCUGGAAAGGCGAUGGACCAGCAUAUACGCUUGACGAAUCUACUCCUCCUAAUGUUAAAGGUUAUGGAGAAGCAAGAUUUCUUUUUAUGGAGUUUCAGUCUAAAAACUGGCCUGAUUCUUCAAAGAAGAAAUCUAAAGGUUUUCGUGGCGUCUUUAAAGUUAAAGGUGGUGAAGGUAAGAUUCAAAUUGCUUGAGCUCGUUCUUUGUUUGUUUCGCCAUCUGGUGUUGAAGGAGAACAAGCAAAAGAGCCUGGAAAUGAGAAAUGUUUUGUGACACGCACGACACGCACUCAUCUCUCUGACGUCAUAGUCAGCAUAGAGAGGUUACACACCACAUGUAGGCAAACCGCUGUCUCCCACUGGUUUGUCGUUUGUUGUCGAUACAGAUCGCCUCUUGUACUUAACCAUCAUGUAUAGAGCGUAUUCACACACGUGGCCAGCAUCUAUGCAAAUUUACGGGAAUAAAAGAAAUGUUUUACAUAAGAAAAGAGUCCAACUCCCUCAGAAUUUGUUUGGAAAACCAAUAUGGCCGCCGUUUCAUUGUUUAGGAACAUCAAUAUGGCCGCCGUGACGUCAUGUGAAUACGCCCCAUGAUCAUUCAUCCCUGCUAUAAAAAGGUUACCCACAGUCGCCUUUCUGUAAUCUAACUUAGGUUUAAUUGUCAGAUUUCACUAAUCAGUUUUUUUCACGCGCAGCAUGAAAUAAAAGAGCAAUAUUAUACUCCCUAUUUAUGACAGCCUGUGAUCGUGCCCCCGCUAUAUUAUGUCUCUAUCUAUCUUUCUGACGGGAAGGAGGAAAAUUCAUUGUUCUCCCUUUCUUCUCGAACAAGAAUUUUAAAAAACCCUGAUUGUAGGGUACAUCAGAUGCCCCUUUUAGCAUAGUCACACACUGUAUAAAAUAACAUAUCAGGAAGCUUAAGCAACGACGACGGCGAGGUCAACGAGAACAACUUUGCACAUGCAUUACGCUUUCUUGAACAUUUCGUCGCCGACGUUGCUCGACUACGACGUGAAACGUCCUAAUUUCACGUUUUGUGGGGUACGUGAUCGCAAGACAAUGACUUUCUUUUUCUUUUCCUGAACUUUGAUACAGUCUUAGAAUUCAACUACAGAAAAAUUUGCCAACGUUUGACGAACUGAACUAUAUGGAACUAAGCACGAUAAAGUUUUAAGCAGCGCGAAUUCACUUUAUAAGUGACGUUUUCGUUGCCUUGGCCGUCGUUGUUACUUAAGCUAACCAACAUAUCGUUAUUACCGGACGCGUCCAUAAACGCUCACUUCUCGAUUGUCUUAGAGAUUCCGAUUCAUCUUAAGCUUCUUUACGUUCGCGCCAUUUUAGAUUUGCCUCCUUCGGGUGUCGAGUGGCCUUCCGGGACUUUCGGGAUCCCUCGUCCCAGGCUCGGAUGUCCUCGCUCAAAGAACGUCACGUGGUCUACUGGCUGGCGAUUUCAGGACACGGAGGACGAAAACCCCAACAACUCUCAUUCACCGAAUUUUCACAUGAACUCAUCAGUCAUGAAAAACGACGUAAACAGAACCUUCUGCACAGCUACAGAAAAUAAUGGCACAAAAUCUUGGCCUAAGGGUAAGGCUUUGGACAUUCAAUUUCUAGUGCGCGAACACGUUUUCCAGUGAAAACUCGCAAGAAUGCGGCGCGCAACUAUGAAGCAAGGCUUUCACUAGGCUUGAUUACCAGCCAUUGUUCAGGAACCGGCGCGAGCCCGCGCUCAAGAGAGCGACGGCGUAAAUCGAGCCUAGGUUUCCACGAAUCAAUCAUGCAUGAUCUUUGAUCUGAUUUCCAAUAAAGACAGUUUUCUGUAGGACUAUUUGUCUUUCAGUAAUUCCGUUAUUCCUGUUAUGGCUAGCUUCAAUUCUCAUGUAAAUGCUAAUGUCUAUUACAUUUAUUUUUAUCUCAUUUUAGGUCAAUACUGCAUCUACAAAAGGGGCACAUGUCCAAAAGGACUCACAGAGGGAUACAUAUUUUUUGAUGACGAAAAUCGCAAAAACCUAAACAAAAUGGGAGGGGUACUACCGGACGGAGAAUACAACGAGGAUACCAAGCUUUUCUACUGCUGUAGAACAGAUGGUGACAAAUUAGAGCCUAUAUCUCUACCCAUUAGUAGUCCCUUUUACCUCUUGGCGUACAACAAUUCCGAAUGUCAGCAAGUAAAUGGAGCGCUUGCUACAAAGGAGUUUAUACGAUUUGACAACGAGGACACAGGAAACAAGGACACCAAGGGUGGGACGUACCCGUACGCGCACGGAAGCUUAAAUAUCUCCUAUUGUUACUAUGAAGGUUAGUUUGGUAAUAGCCUGCGAGCAAGCUCUCCGGUGCGCGCUGGCGGCGGGGCGAGAAAAGGAAGGAGAACUUGCAACUGCGUCUCUGGAAUUUCAAUUCCACCUCCAAUUCCCCUGUGGCUCCCCGUCGACUGAGCUGUCAGAUUUCUGCCAAUCAGAGCGACGCGGAAACGAGCGCGAAUGUAAACAAACAUUGAAAAACACGUAAAAGAUCGUUACUAAUGUCAUCUCUGCCAAUAAGCAUUUCGAAUCGACCUUGUUGCAAGCUCUCCUUUCUUUUCCUGCCCCGCCGUCAGGGCGCCACGGAGAGCUUGCUCACAGGGUAGUAUGGUAACCAAGGGCACCUUAACGCUGAGCAGUGUUUCUGUAUCUUGUCAUGCAGUAUCCGUUUCGCCACUUUAGAAACGAUAUGGGGCCUGGUACCGUAAUGCGCCCGCAAUUGUUUCUGGGAUCGCUACUGGGAACGCGCAAAUCAGCUGAUAACUUCUUUUUCCUUAAGUGGCAAAUUACAAGACAAAUUUUAGAAACGACACAGGGCGAAAAACCUAGCAACAAGUAAAUUUGCUGCGCACCUUUUGUUAAAUUACAGAGAGGAAGAUCUCCGAUUACCAUUAUCAUUAUCGUUUCAAUCCUUAGCUUGUCAUUUCACCAUCAGCGAGACGUCCCAGGAGUUUAUGUCUCCAAGUUACGCUACCGGUGGCUACCCCAAUUCUCAGCUUUGUACGUGGCGGUUCCUGGUACAAGAGAGCAGUACGCCAAAUAAGCAGCAGGUUUUAAUCAAAUUCCCAGAGUUCAACCUUCAAAAGGGUAAAGACGGAGAUGUUGUAAAGAUUUACAGCGGAUGGAAUGAGAAAGCCCCUCUUCUUGCAGAGUUCAGCGGGGAUAGUCCUCCACCAGCGAAGGGCGUGGCAUCAAACUCUCCUAUAGUUUUUCUGGUGUUUAGAUCCGAUUCUCGUGGAAAAUCAAAGGGCUUUCGUGGACUGUUCAUCAACCAGAGUGAGUGGCAAGGGUUUGUUUUAUGUGGUAUAGGACGCGCUUAUUGCGUGAGUUUUUCGUUCGAGCAGUAGUUACCAGCGGUGGAUCCAGAGGAGGAGCCGGUCCCCCUUCAGGGGUACCCAACGACGAUUUCCUCCAAAAUUCAUUGAAAAGUCUUUUUAGGCUAUCCAGAGUACGUUUAGGUCUCUAGAAAAGCAUUCUAGGCGGCGCUAAAAACUUUGUAUCUGUUCGGUCAACCUAGGGCAACUUGGAUCUUUUCGAAAUUAUAAGGGCUUCAGUAUUAUAAUUUAACGUUUUACGAAAGUGAGAAUUUUUUUUAUUCAUCUUUCCAUCACAUUUUUGAAUCCGAAAAGUUUAGGUUUGCCUUUUUCUACAAAAAAAGCCCAACCUGGGAUGUGAAAUGUGAAAAUUUAAACCUCAGAAAAUCGUAAGGAAUUUAUAAGAUAAGCUUCGAAAUUUGUACGUGAAUGGAACGGUCAUCUGGAAAGUUUUAGCCGUCCUCAAGUAAAAGAAAAUUCUAGGCAAUCUUUGCUUCUCCGAAAACAGUCGUUAGCUGCCCCCGCCCCUUAUUUUUAAACCAAACUAAGGCAAACUUUUUGAGACUGCUCCCCCCCACCCCACCCCCCUAUUUAAGGGUCUGGAUCCGCAACUAGUUACUACCAAUGAGGAGGCAGUGUGGACAAGUGACCAGCGGACUCGCAAUCCGCCGUUCCAGGGUUCGCGUCGCCACUCUCUGGAUUUUUUCUCGGCAAGGGAACAUUUCUCGGUGGUCCUGAGUUCAAAUCCUCGGCCACGCUUGUAAAUAGACAACUGGUCGCCUCCUACCAGUUUUGGGGUUUUAAAUCCUGUUAUGUUCUAUGUGCAUUGAUUGUUUGUAAUUAUAUGUGUCUCUUUUUGUAGGUUAUGACGCAAACGCUGUACCUAAAAAUCCCAUUACCCUUCCUUCUACUUUGACGAUUAAGCCAAGUAAGAACACU